UGACGUUUAUUUUGUAAGCAAGUUCGUUUCAGCUUUUAUAAGAUUUAAAGAAAAUAAACAAUAAAUUAAUUAGAGGGUAGAUGCUAAUAAAUCUCGAAGAAAAUGAAUCACAAUCAAAUGAAUAUGCAUGUGCCAAUGAACACCGUUGGUGGGACCCCGAAUGUGGGGAUGCAAAUGCCUGUACCAGGCACAAUAAUGCAGCAGCAAUCACCUCAGCAAAUGCAGCAGCCUGCGAUGCCCCAGCAGCCACAACAGCAGGACAAAAUGGACAAUAUAUCAAGAGUUAAGACUCUCAUGGGAUCACUCCGGGAAUCGAUUCCCAUGACUCUUAAGUCUGCGGCGCAGAUUUUACACCAGAAUCAUAAUGUAGAUUCAAAUUCUCAAAAGGGCAUUGACAACCCAGUACCAAGAUUUGACAAGAACUUAGAAGAAUUCUUCUCGAUUUGUGAUCAAAUGGAGCUGCAUCUGAGGACUGCAAUAACGUGCAUUCAACAAGCUCAGUCGGCAGCGCACUACCUGCCUAUGACCGUCAUGCCGUCAAGGUUGGACACUGGACCGGCCACCACGGACACGUCACUCAGUUACCCACAGUACUUGAACACAGUACGGCUGCAAAUCACAUACGCUAAGGACAUACACGACACGCUCGUGGCAGCCGCGCAGAACAUCUCGCCCACUGAAUAACUGUAUUAGCACGUAAGAAUAAUUAUUUUAAUUUAAUUCUAGUAAUAAAUUAAUACCGAUUUAA